AUGCUAUCCAUCAUGAAUUCCCCCAACAACCGCACCAACCUCGCCCGCUUACUCUACAACUUCGACGACUUCCUCCGCCACCUCUACGACCACUGGAUCAAGACCCGUCCCCUACUGUACCACUACGGCCUCCUCUCAGACGACGACUACGCCAUCGACGACGCCUUCAAACAAGAACAUCAGUACCUCGUCGAAGAAGCUCAUGCCGCGCAUUGGUCCCAAUGGGCAGCGGUCUCGCACAUGGUUUUGGGAGAUUGGAGUAUGAGGUGCCGUUGCUGGUGGAUGGAGGUGUUUGGUUGA